AUGACCAUGAGCUCGUUUUUGAUAAACUCCAACUACAUCGAGCCCAAGUUCCCUCCCUUCGAAGAGUACGCGCAGCCCGGCGGUCCGGGCGGUGGAGAUGGCGGCCCAGGCGGGGGCCCUGGCUACCAGCAGACCCCAGUGCCCGCGGCCCAGCACCUGCCUCCGCAGCCCCAACUCCCCCACGCGGGCGGCGGCCUCGAGCCCCCCGCCUCCUACUACGCGCCGCGGGCCGCCCGCGAACCCGCCUACUCCGCGGCCUCGCUCUACCCUGCACACGGGGCGGCCGACACCGCCUACCCCUAUGGGUACCGCGGCGGCGCCAGCCCCGGGCGGCCGCCACAGCCCGAGCAACCCCCGGCGCAAGCCAAGGGACCGGCACCCAACCUGCACGCCAGCCACGUCCUGCAGUCGGGGCGUCAGCCCGCUCCGACCCAGCACCCCCGCACGGCGCCCCCGCUGCCCCAGCGCCAUUGCGAGGCGGCCCCGGCCAACCCGGGCGUCCCGGCAGGGGGCAGCGCCCCCGCGUGCCCGCUGCUCUUGGCGGACAAGAGUCCGCCAGGCCUGAAGGGCAAGGAGCCUGUGGUGUACCCCUGGAUGAAGAAGAUCCAUGUCAGCGCGGUUAACCCCAGUUAUAACGGAGGGGAGCCCAAGCGCUCUCGAACUGCCUACACCCGGCAGCAGGUCUUGGAGCUGGAGAAGGAAUUCCACUUUAACCGCUACCUGACCCGAAGGCGCCGCAUCGAGAUCGCUCACACACUCUGCUUGUCGGAGCGCCAGGUCAAGAUCUGGUUUCAGAAUCGGAGGAUGAAAUGGAAAAAAGAUCACAAACUGCCCAACACCAAGAUGCGUUCCUCCAACUCGUCUUCAGCCUCAGCUGUCCCCUCUGGGAAAGCACAAAUCCAGAGCUCCCACACCCAUCCCCAUCCCCAUCCCCAUCUCCACGCAGGAGACUCCACACCCAUUCCAUCCUCCAUAUAA